AUGAUUUUUGAUCAUCAGUAUUUUGAAUCUGAGAUAAGAAACGAUAGUCUAUCAGAUGAUAUUUGGUAUGUAUAUUGUAUCACUUACCUCCUUUCGAUACUCUUAAUUCGUUCUUCCACAGCAACUGCACAAGUACAAAAACAUGAUCCCGACUGUGACUAUAAUAUUACUCAAGUCAUUCAAACUAAAGGCUAUCCGUGUGAAGAACAUAAAGUGAUCACGGACGAUGGUUAUAUCUUAGGUAUCUUUCGUAUUCCACAUGGUCGCAAUAGUUCCUCCAUAGGUCGACCUGUUCUUUUACAGCAUGGUCUUCUCGAUGCUGCUGUAACAUGGGUGAUGAACUUUCCUGAUCAAAGUCUUGCUUUUAUUCUCGCCGACGCUGGCUACGAUGUUUGGCUUGGUAAUAUGCGUGGUAACUACUAUUCUCGAGCUCAUACGAAAUACAAUCCUGAUCAUGAUAAACAAUUUUGGGAUUUCAGUUGGGACGAUAUGGCAAGAGAUGAUCUUCCGUCAAUGCUCAACUAUAUUCUAAAUAGAACUCAGCAGACAGAGAUUAGUUAUGUUGGUCAUUCACAGGGAACGAUGAUUGCUUUUGCUGAAUUCGGCAACGAAAAGAGCACUGUGCGAGAUAAUGUAAAGUUUUUCGCAGCUUUGGCUCCCGUCGCUCAUUUAGGCCACAUCAAAUCACCAAUUCGAUUUCUAUCAUCAGCAUCAAAAGAAUUAGAACGUUAUUGGCAUUUAUUAUUUGGACGAAAUGAAUUUCUUCCAUCAAGUUAUAUCACGAAAUGGCUUGGAACAUUCGCUUGUGGUGAAGUUAUUCUUGAUGAAGUAUUAUGUCAGAACAUAUUAUUUAUAUUAUGUGGGCCUGAAAAGAAAAAUAUGAAUAAUACCCGACUACCAGUCUAUCUGUCGCACGAACCCGAUGGCACAUCAGUGAAAAACAUGAUUCACUUUGCGCAAGGCGUACAAAGUAAUAUCUUUAGAGCAUACGAUUAUGGUUCACCACAAAAAAACGUACUACAUUACAAUCAAACCACACCACCGGAAUACAAUCUCUCUGGAUCUCACAUUCCAACAGCAAUCUUCUGGUCGGGCAAGGAUUGGCUGGCUGAUCCUACUGAUGUUAACUACAUUCUGAAUAAUCUACAGAAUCUAGUCUACGAUAAAUAUAUUCCAGAAUACAAUCAUCUGGAUUUCGUUUGGGCUUUGUCUGCCAACAAAGUUGUUUAUAGUGACUUGUUAAAUGUGAUGAUAAAAUAUCAUCCGCCCUAUUGA